GUUGAACGGGCGCACAAUGUGGUUACACAGGCAGACAUGUGCAUGAAGAAUGAUACGAAUACAUAUUUCUAGCAAAAUAUCUCUAAUAUUUGGUCACACGCGAUAUGUUUUAGGUCCAGAAUUAUGGGGCAUUUCUGGGACUACGCUUAUUUAUCUAUAUGGAAAGUAAUUACAGGCAAUGGCUAAUAUACAAUGAGGAAAGUUCUUCAAAAAAUAAGUAUUUAUCUAAUCAACUGAAUAGAACUUAAGUACAUUGAAACUUUGGACUGACGCCUUGUUUCUGACGCGUAAGUAAUUGCGUUACUGUAUUUUUUGUAGGUUAUUAAAAUCAGUAAAUGAAUUUAUACUUAAGUAUGUACUUAUCAUUUAUUUCUUCGCUGUCAACUAUUGUCUGACUAGAAUUAAAUCUUAACCUGAUCACCGUGUAGCUGUAAAUUUUUUACCUAAUAACUUCCAUAAUAAAUUCCAUAGCUGUUGAACGCACGUAUUUGAUGAUAUUUAUGCAAUAAGUAUGCAUACAUAAAAAAUUAAUACAUCGACCUAGUGCUAAAUAUAAAAUUAAAUGCUUCACUUUCAUAAGGACCUGGUGGAAUGGGUAUCUGGCCGAUAAAUAUAUUGAAUUUCUGCUACUCAUGUAUGGUUCAGAGACUGAUAUUUUAUUCAUUUAAGAGCCUUUUUGGUGGGUAUGACAAGUUGAAAAUAGGGUCAUGACGUCAAAUAAAUUAGAAGAUUUUAUAUAUAUUUAGACUGAUCCUCCUGGCAAUUAAUAUGCAUUUACAUACGUAUGUAAUAGUAGGUAAUUAAAAUCGAGCGAAAACUCCCAUCGCAUAUCGCAUAAUUGAAACGUGUAUUAUCAAAUUCAUUAUUUUUAAGUGUACAUAAUUUAAUUCAAAUUAAGAAUGUAGUGCAGUUCAUAAUACUCAUAAUUUAAAACAGUAUACCACAUUUUCAACCAAAACAAUUUAUUUACAUCUGAUCUGAUUCACUCAUCAAUCAUGAAAGCAUGUAAAAAAGAAACUAAGAAACCAAAUCCGGAAAAAUGUAGUAAAUUCUGCAUCCUUUGUACUAGAAUGACACAAUCCAGUGUGACCUAGGUUAAUAAAAAUAUCUGCAUAAAUUACACUAUUUUUGCUGGGUCACUUUACUUUAUUUAUCCAUUUGCGGUUUGGCGAAUUUGAACUUUGCAUACUUACUAAUAUAAUUUUACUACUUUUUGUAGUGUGUUGCACAUUUUAUCGACUGAAGUGUGACUAAUAAAUACGUUGCAUUUAUUUGCAAAAACAUUUUGCAUCAUGGAAUUUAAGAAAACCACCGAACUAAUCCAACCGCAAGACAGUCUUGAAUUUCAUUUAUUCUUGCAAAUUGUAUCCCCGUUUGAACCAAAUAACAACUCCUGCUUUAGCCAAAUAAAUUCGUAUUUCGUUGGUUAAUUAUAAUAGCAAAAUAUGGAAAACUCUUCAGUGAAAGUGAUAAUAUGAUAUUACACAUUUAAAAUUAGGUGUCAAAUGUACUUAUAUUCAAGAGCAUGAUACCGUUUGAUAACUGCACCUUAAAAAACGACGAGAUUAAUCAGCCAAAUCGCUUAAAAUGUUCAAAUCCUACACCCAACACAAUUCCAUGGCUUCUCCCGAUGGAGUGGAUCGAACCCGGAAAAUCUACUAUUCUGGGAGGAAACAAGUUCGUCUUUUAUGCCAUCCACACCACCGGACUAAUAAUAAUUCUCAUCUCCAUCACGGCCUCGCUCUCCGUGAUGUUAAAUGUCUAUCAGAAUUUUAAUAGGAAAAAGAAGUCUGAUUUCUCGGACAGAUUUCCACUUUACAUCUCCAUUUGCGACUUGCUCUGGGGAGUAUCAAACUUACUCGGGGAUCAUGUCGUGCUCAUGAUUUACCAAGUAUUUCCAUCCAAAGGGAUCGCAACGCUGCUGGCAGUGAACCUUUUCUUCUUUUUCGGCUAUCAGCAACUCAUGAAUGCUGGACUGACAUUGUCGACCUAUUUGAAAGUCGUCAAACACGUCACCCUUCAAUUUGGUUAUUUAGAGUGGCGACUUCACACGGCCGUGUUUCUCAUUCUAAUUUCACAAAUUGGAAUGUACUGUUAUCUGGAAGCUUUUGGAAAUGGUGGAUUUUGGUUUCUCAUCGACCUGAAAACUGGAUGGGGAAUUUUUUUCGGUGCUGCCGUCUGUGCGACCUGCACUGCCCACGCAACCCUGACCUUGGUAGCAUAUCGUGCCAUUCAAAACGUGAUUAGCGACCACAAGCGUCUAUUUGGUACGUACGUCGAACCACUCCCACCAAAAUAUAGUGACGAUGAGAACAAGUUCCCAAAUUCGGUGCGGAUAAAUAGUUACAUUCAUCAAACGACGUACUCAACAGCGACGAAUUGCUUGACCACGUUUAUCUAUAUUUCAAUUUGUCUCUACUUUCCAUUGGCGUUCAUUGUGUGGGCGGGGUGGACGUUUGCUUAUUUCGGAUAUAUCGAGCCAUUCUGUGCCCUUGGGGUUAUUAUUAGUGCAAAUUCAGGGGGCUGGGUCAACGCCUGGGGGUAUUUUCAUAAUAGGAAACUUAAAGAGAGAAGAAAGACUUUGGUGAGGAAUACUUUGCGACCUAAUAAUUCAAGUAGUUCGAAUGUAUAAUUUGUACUGGUAGUAAUUGAUUAUUAAUAUUUAAUUAGAGUUGUUAAGUAAUUGAAAUAACUUGAAGUUUAAUAAAUCAAAUGAACUAAAAGGUGAAAGCAAA